AGGCUCGCCCCACGCAGGGAGCACCCAGAUUGUACUGGGCCAGCAGGGCUCAGUAGGUUCCGGGUCCGGUGACUCGCCUGACUGCAUCGCCGGGCGCGCAGACGGAGGAUCUGUCCUGUUGGUCUUGGGAGAGAAGUUCCCACGGCCGUGGCGCCCAUGGCGGGCGAGGGACUCGGGCAACAGGGUGGGACGGUCACCGGAGCGCCGGAGACCCGAGAGCACCUCUUUAAGGUGCUGGUCAUCGGAGAGCUCGGUGUGGGCAAGACGAGCAUCAUCAAGCGCUAUGUUCACCAGCUCUUCUCCCAGCACUACCGCGCCACCAUUGGCGUAGACUUCGCCCUCAAAGUCCUAAACUGGGACAGCAGAACGCUCGUGCGCCUGCAGCUGUGGGACAUCGCGGGACAGGAGCGGUUUGGAAACAUGACCCGAGUAUACUACAAGGAAGCUCUUGGAGCAUUCAUAGUCUUUGAUAUAUCGAGAAGUUCCACAUUUGAUGCAGUCCUAAAAUGGAAAAACGAUCUGGAUAGCAAAGUUCAUCUUCCCAAUGGCAGCCCCAUUCCUGCUGUCCUGCUAGCUAACAAAUGUGACCAGAAGGACAGCAGCCAGAGUCCUUCCGAGAUGGACCAGUUCUGUAAAGACCAUGGCUUCACUGGAUGGUUUGAAACCUCUGCCAAGGAUAAUAUAAACAUCGACGAGGCCACCCGCUUCCUAGUGGAAAACAUGCUUGCAAACCAGCAAAGUAUUCCUAUCGAGGAAAUCGACAUGGACAAAAUUAAACUGGUGGAGGAGCCCGUUACCACAAAGCCCAGGUCCCAGUGCUGCUGAUGUGUCUCUGUGCCCCGUGUGCUGUCUCCUUCCUUGGUCCUGCGCGAGUCUGAGGAUGCCCCUUCCCAGCCCUGGGUACCAUCAUCUCCCGUGAAUCUCCCUCAGGGGCACUUUACCAUCCAUCUGCACAGGAACUGUCCACCUAAAGCUGUGGAGAACUGCUCCCACGAGAGGCCCUGUGACUUCACCAGUCGACCCCUCAGGCUCUUUGUGUACUGCCAAAUGCAGACUAAUGUUUACAGCCUUUGAAAUAUUUUUGUACAUGGAUUUCAAAGGUUAGCUUUUAGCGUGAGGACUAGGUGGGGGGGUUAGAAAAACUUCCCUCCCCAUGGUGAUCCUGACAUUUUGAGUGACUUUGUUCCUGUAUACAAACCUCACGUAAGCACAUUUUUUUAAGGUGUUAGCUACAAAGAUUUGAAGGCCCCACACAGUUAAUAUCCAAGUCAAAACUUUGUACGUAGGUCAUGUAAAAGUUUCAUCCUUAGAUAACGUGAUUCUAGAACGCAUAGCUGUUGUGUAACGAAGUCACUCUGAAUCAAUCACCUUAAGAACCCCCUUUAAUUAGUCAACUGAGCUGGGAAUGUGACUCAUUUAUACAAAGUGCUUACCUAGAAUGUGAGAGACUCUCUGGAUCUCCAGUUCUGAGACCAAAAAAAAGUUAGUACCAUACCUGCUUUAUGGGUGUCUCCCUCUGCAUCCUAUCCACUCUAGGUGUAGCUGCCACUACCACUCGGAAACAGUAUAAAUGAACAUUUUUUUUCUCUGCCCUGUAUUCUAUGUUUAUAGCCUAGAGCCAUAUUGAAAAUACAGUGGUACUAAGUGGAACUUGUCUUUCUAGAUUUGUCAUGGUAAUAAUGGUCAGGAGGAGAAUUCUUUUUCGAAGAAUAUGCAAUUAUAUCCAAGUUUCUGUAGUGUGAAACCUGAAAGAAAGUAGACUAUGUAUAGUUUUGUCUAUGGUUUUGGAUACUGGUUGUAUAAAGCCGAGGGCACUUAGGAAGAUCCAGUAUAAUGUAUUGCCCUUAAGUCAGUGAAAGAAAGGAAUAAAUAUUUUAACCUAACCCUGUGUCUUGAAUGAAUGUAGAUCUAGGAAGGUACUUUUGGUUUACAUCUGUCAUCCCAUUCCUCCUAAAAGGUAGGAAUCCAUGGCAUAUCUUGGCUACACAGCAAGCUCAAGGACAGCCUGUGCUACACAAAAGGCUUUCUCCAAAA